UUCCCAGAUUCCUGUCUUCGGAGUAACGGGUUGGACAUUUAUUCCAGUCAUGAUUAUCCACUAUCACGUAGUUAUAUACUUGAUUUCUCGGAAUAUCUUGUCUUUCUAAGAUACAAAGUGUACAUUUUUCUAUAAUACGAAAGGUUUUAUUUGUAUCUAUCUGUUUAUGUAUGUAUCUAAAAUUCAGUCGGUGCUUUUAUAUUUUAGUACGUUCAGUGCACUUAUCCGUUCAGAGAUAAGUGACGCAUUUUGUAGUCUGACAGACGCGGUUCACGUAACGCUCCAAUUAAUGUCACCCCGAGCUUGGAAAGUUUUGUCAUUCAAGUGAAAUUCUCCGUCAGUUUCUGGGCACGGAUGUACUGGCGAAAGUUUAAUUUGACAUUCUUCAAAAACGAUUUUAUUCCGGUAUCCUUUAAGUAAAUAAAAAAAAAAAACAUGAAGAUAGCCGUCGUGGGUGGCGGUGUUGUAGGGCUUACAAGUGCUCUUGAAGUACAAAGAGAAUUACGAAAUGCCGAGGUAACUGUAUUUGCGGCCAACUUCGAAGAUACGGUUAGUCAUGUUGCUGCUGGGAUAUUCAGAAUCGGAUCGUCGUACUCCGGUCCUACGGAAGAGAUUACCAGAAAAUGGGUGAAAGACUCGUACGAAUAUUAUGACGAUAUUCGUCGCUCGCCUGAAGCGUCACUUGCCGGAGUCACCAGCAUUUCUGGAUACAUAUUUGCCAAUUCCAACCCGAACGUAGUUAAGAGCAGAUGGUUGGAAGAGGUGGUACCUGUAUACAGAAGAACAACGCAUGAAGAACACCAGCUGGUUGGAGGCAGUUGGAAAUACGGAUCAUUUUUCACAACGUUACUUACACAGUGCGACUUGUAUUUACCCUGGGCAAGGAAUCGGUUGCAGCAGAAUGGAGCCAAGCUAGUGCAGAAAAAGAUUUAUUCCCUGAAGGAGUUGUGCCCCGAGUACCAGUUGAUCAUCAACUGUACUGGAUUUGGUGCUAGAGAACUCUGUAAUGACAGAUCUGUUAUACCAAUACGCGGUCAAGUACUAAAAGUUAAGGCGCCAUGGAUGAAGACUUGUUUCUAUGGGGAGCUGGAUACUUAUGUGAUACCUGGUUACGGUGGCUUAUGUACUUUGGGAGGUUCACGACAUUUCGAUUCAGAAACUACACAAAUUUGUCCUUACGAGAUUACAGCAAUACGUGAAAGAUGUGAACGGUUGGUUCCUUCGCUUAAAAGCGCAAUACCUGUAACGCAAUUGACAGGAAUAAGACCCCAUCGAGAAGGUAGCGUCAGGGUUGAACCAGAUCGAAUCGAAGGUUCUCUAACCAAGGUUGUACAUAAUUAUGGUCACGGGGGAUAUGGAGUGUGCACGUCACCAGGUACUGCCAAGUAUACUGUUUAUUGGGCAAAAGAAAUACUUAAAUCAUCCAAUAAAUUGUAAUCAAGGAAUGGUCGUCUCAAGACAGUAACAGCAAAUUACAACUGUAAUGAGUCAAUAUAUUUACAAUUUAAUGAGAUUGUUGUGAGAAAAAGAAUUUAUUAGAUCAAUUCUGUUACUUCUCUUUGUAUGACAGCUUGUGGUUGCUUCAGUUGAAGCUAUAGGGCAUAAAAUCGAUCAGCUUGUAUAAUUGCUAAGCGAUACUGUUAUUAAUGUCACUGUUACUCCUGAUACAAAUAUCCUUAUUUGAUCCACAAGGAUCAAGGAUUCUCAGGUGGUACUGUAAUGUAACAGCAAAUACGUAACAAACCUCGGAGAUCAUGUCUUAAAUACAACCAUACCAACUA